AUGAUCGCCGGCCAAGGGUGCUCGGCUCUCCUCAUUGCGCUGGCAUCAUACUGUACGUCCAUACAUCACCAAAACUCGGCCCACAAGCCCUCUGUUCAUGCUCGCCUAUCGAUCUGCCGCGAUAUCUCAAUCCUCGUCGUUCUACAGGUGCCCAAACAGCCCGAUGUCGACGUAUACUUGCGUUCCCCAAACCGCUAA